AUGUCCACCGUGACAUCGGAGAUUCCGGCGGUGGAAGCCACUCAGUUCCAACAUACUCCGUACUACUGCGAAGAGAAUGUGUAUCUGCUCUGCAAGACGUUGUGCGAGAAUGGUGUAGCGGAUGCGACGGGUUCUGAUCUGUUUGUCGUUUUCAUCUCGAAUGAGAAGAAGCAGGUUCCACUCUGGCAUCAGAAAGCUAGUACAAGAGCUGAUGGGAUUGUACUGUGGGAUUAUCAUGUCAUCUGUGUCCAGAGGAAGAAAGAAAGUGAUGCUGAGCCUUUGGUGUGGGAUCUCGAUUCGACUUUACCCUUCCCUUCACCGUUAGCUUCAUAUGUAAAUGAAACCAUUCAGCCAUCUUUUCAGCUUUUUGCAGAGUACCAGAGGUACUUCCGCAUUGUGCAUGCUCCUCUCUUCUUUAAGCACUUUGCUUCUGAUAGAAGACACAUGAAAGAACCUGAUGGUAGCUGGAUUGCUCAACCUCCUCCCUAUCAACCUAUUGUUUCCCAAGAUGGAAUCUUGCACAAUCUGAGCGAGUACAAUGCCAUGAGCGGUGCAGAUUCAUUGUCCACAAUGGAUCCUGACACCGUAGGAGCAGCGGUUUCUCAGAAACUUGGUGUUGUAGUGAGCCACACUCAGCUUGAGGAGCUCUUCACCAAACUUCCUUAA